AGCCAUGUGUCCCUGCCUCUGCCUCGCACAAACUCAGUCCCUCGAGGGUAAAGAGAUACUUUUGUUCGGGACACAGCAGCCUGGCGUCGGAGACUGCUAGCUUUGACUCCGUUUGGUCGGUUGGUCUGACCCGAGCUGUUGCGAAGAUGUGUGCCCGCUACUUCACGAAGCUCCUCUGGGGAAGAAGCGAAUCGUUCACCGGAUGAUGGACAGGAACUACCCGAGCUCCAGCUUCGCGGACGCGCUGGCUGCACCAGCACAGACCGCGGCUUCGUGGGCCUAUGACCGCGGCUCAGCUACCAUCAAACCAAGUCCUAAUUAUGGUGCAGCACACCUUGAUGGAGAGCUCCUCCAGCAGCAAAGCUACACCUCCACACACCAGCCUCCCACCUACACUACAACAAACAUCCCAGUAGCUGCACGAACAUUUGAGUCAGGCAGAAGUACUCCUGUGACCUCAAUCAUGAGCUUCCUGUCAUCCAUGGAGUCAAGAAGUCUUCAGGCUGGUCCUGUUAGUGCCUCAUUGCUUCCUCCUUUUAAACCUCAGUCUUGGCCCUCUGGUACCAACUCCUCCACAACAGAGUUGUAUAUGACUGGUGCCCUGCCAUCCACAGCCACUUUCCCCUCUCCUGCUGCUCUGUCAUCCUUUCAGCACACUGGUGCCUACCCUUCCAGGAGUUAUGCUUCUAACUCUUCCCUGGCUCUGUCAGACCCUGCCUUCAGCACUUCCACCAAUGGCCUGUUCCCUCACCAUGACCCGCUGCUACAUCUCAAACCAAGCCAGGCUGUGCUUCCUGUUGCCCUGGCCUUCAAUCAUCUUUCUGGGCCAUCUCUGGGCUCAGCUCUGCCUGUCCAGUCUUCCACAUACCGCUCAGCCCAGGAGUCUGCCCCCCACCUCCUGCAACCUCAAUAUAACCUUCUUCCUUCUGUCCUGCCUGCCUCUCAUGGUGUCCCACAGCCCUAUGGGGCUACCGUUUUUUCGAACUCAAUUGAAAGAGCUCUUCAGCGUGAAUGUAGUGUGAUCAAGCACCACCAGAGGCCUUCAAGUAACCACAUAGCCUCAGAGGAGUUGCCUAAUCCAGAGCACUCUUUGCAGGAAUACUAUGGCACUGGGAGUGACGCAGAUGUGUCCUACCAGGAGGACCCAUCCCGCAACACUCCGGUACCCUGCAGUCCCUCCUCAAGAUCAGACUCUACCCAAGUAGUCAACGGUUCUCCAAAGUCUAAAACUGAUUGCACAGCACAAGCUAAUUCAUCUGCUUCAUUGCUGAAAGGUGAAGACUGUUCUUCCAACCUAGCUUCACACCCUGCUGAGAAUGAAGAGAGUCACCCUCAGAACCUAAGAAUGAGGUCUCCUGAGCACUAUUCUUCCCCUGCUCAGAAACACAGCUCGGUGAUUGCCAGUCAGCAAUCAGUUCAGCUAUCAAACCUAAUGUCCAACACUUUGUCUCAAACCUAUAUCACACCACACACACAGUCCCAGACCUCCAACUCCCCCCAAGAAAAACUUCCUUCCCUUUUCACUACUCUGCCUUCCCUUUCUAGCCACUGUGAUAAUGUGGCUUCUGAUAGCCAAAUUUUUGUUUACUCGUCCACUCCUGGGCUAAGCCAAGAGCAGGGGGUCCAGCAUGAACCCCAGGUCCAUAGCUUGUGUCAAGAAACCUUCUCCGAGAGCUUCUCAACCUCCCACUCUCUAGGUGCGUCAAACUUAACUUUUACAUCUCCAUCACAGGAGCAAGAUUCUGUAACGUUGUUCCAAAGCUACAACACAGGACAAUCCCUCAAUUCUCUGUAUUCACCUGAUUGUGUACAGAGUCUUCCAUCAAGCUCUACUGUAGAUUAUAGCCACAUGCAGGACUCGCUGGGUGGUAAAACGCAUCACAGUCUGUCCCAUCAGCAGACACACAUCCAAAAUGUUUUGUCUGUAUCAUUACCUACCUUCUCAUCUGCUCAGUCCUUACAAGAUGCCAUAACGGCUUCUGUACAGAACAUAAAGCCGACAUAUGCCAAACAGAAACUUGAAGAGCUCCCUUUACAGGACAUCGAGGCUCUAAGACAAGUCUCUAUGAUAUCUGUUGCUGAUAACAGUAUGGUGUCUCAUAAUAAUGUCAUCUAUGUUGUUUCAAAAAUAGAUAAUCACAAACCACAAAGUGUUAUUCGAAAUAAUUCUCAUUCAGAAGAACAGUUUAUAGGGCAUAGUCAUAUGGGUUCAGCGCAGGUAAAGAAUGAGCAUAUGGGUUCUGUGAGCCAGCAGCAAAUCUGUUUAAACAGUGGCAGUGCUCCUGAAGCUGCAAACACAACAAGUUCAAACUCAGUCGUUCCCUCGCAUGGACCUCUGUGUUCAGACCAACUCAAGCAGCCCCCUGUUCAACUGAGUUCUCCUGAGUCACAUCAACAAAACCAACAAAGCAUUAGUCAAUCUCAAAGCCAAAUUCCAGCAGCCCGCUCCCAGUUUAUCUCACUUCCCAGCUCUCAGGUUCUUCUUGAGUCCAACCAGAUGAUUCUGGUCCAGCAGCCUCUUGUCCACCACAAUGAGAACACUUCAAAGUUGGUAUCUUUGCAAGAUAUUCACCCAGCUCAGUGUUUGGGUUCAGCUCACGUGCAGUACCUUCAGAUGGACCGAGACCUACUGGGUUCCAGUGUCACUGAAACUCAAGCUCAGCAGGUCACAAUCAUGUCUGAACCAAACUCGGAAUGUUCCUCUAAGCAUCAUUACACCCAGGCUGCAAGUCAGCAGCCAGUCGACACCAAGAACCAGUUUAAUCUUCACUCUAUUUGCUUCCCAGACUCUAUGCUGCUGGCAGACGACAGAAAUAUUCUGUCAAAUGUCGACGACAUCCUGGCUGCCACUGUGGCAGCCUGUGGUGUCGCACCACAAGACUUUGUUAAAGCUACAUCUUCUGAGGUGGAAAUGGCAGGAAUUGCAACUCCUGUUGAUUCCAAAGGACAUCUCCAGACUGUUGAUAUCAGACAAAUGUCACCUAGUUUCUCGUCAGCACAACAUCCAAUCAUAACUAACACUAACGGUCACAACAUCAGCAUGACACUGAACCAGGCCCAGAUUGCUACAAACAGUCAGGGUCAGCCUGUUCACCACAACAGUACUGCUGAUCUGAACACAAAUGGAAAUGGAAGGAACUCUGAGAUCGACUACAACUCGCUAAGACAAGCGUUUGAUCCUUCGGGUGUCCAGAACAGAAUUGAAGGGAGCGCAAACUGUGCUGAAACACAAGACGUCUUGAUAAAAUGCCCUGUUGGUGAGGGCUCUCCAAAUAAGAAGGCACGGUCUAAGUCCUCAACCAAACCAGGAGCUUCUGAGGAUGAUGGAGCGGCAAGAGCAGCCAAGCGCAGUGGACAAACAAAGCGUCAAAACUCCAGGGGCAGUGAUGUCAGCUCACCAUCUGCUCCACAGAGUACUUCUGAUGGUUGUCCACUACAAGAGAGAAUCAGGCAGAAGAUUCGUGAAGUGGAAGAGAAACAGCCAGAGGUCAAAACUGGCUUCAUUGGUUCCUUCCUAGAUUUCAUCAAAUCUGGCCCCAAGCAGCAAAACUCUCAAAGUCCCGCAAGAACAAUUAAUCGCCCGAGAAAACCCUCCACCUCAUCUAAACAGGGCUCUCUGCCUGCUUUGCCUCCCAAACUGCAGACUCUGCCUGCGCCUUUGCUUCCCCAGGAGAGUCUAGGAGCGAGCUCUCAGCAGAAACGGCUGGAUGAAGAUCUGCAAAGGAACCUGGAGACUCUGCCGUCAUUCAGCUCAGAUGAAGAGGAGAGCACUGGGAAGAACCAGGCUCUAAGGAACAGCAUAAGCUCCGCUCUCUCAGCUCUGGAUGAAACUUCAGAUCGGAGAACAAGGACAGAUAACCAAAUCCUUGGUUCAAUGAUGAAGCCAGACCAACCUCCCACCACCGCUCCCACCGUCAUGCUGCUCUGCUUGCCGCAGGUAUCCACGCCUGCACCGACGGUAACCCCAGUCUUAGGAGUGACAACAUUUUUGACCAAAGAGGAGUUUAAAAUUGCCCCAGCUGGCAAAAUGGCUGUGCAGCUGACGAACGUGGCCAUGGAGGGCCUGACUGAUGAGGAGCUGUCUGACAGCGGAGGAGAAGGAAUGUAUCGAGAGAGGGACGAGUUUGUCGUCAGAAAGGAGGACAUUGAGGCCUUGACGGCAACAAUGACGGCAGGCACUGAGCCUCCUGCUAUUUGGAAAGUCCAGAAGGCUCUGCUGCAGAAAUUUGUGCCAGAACUGAGAGAUGGAAAGAGAGUCUUCUUUGCCACUAACAGUUACUUAGGGUACUUUGGUGAUGCCCAGAACAUGUACCAGAGAGUAUACGUGAAAUUUUUGGACACUGUUAACAAAAGGGAAUAUGUGCGAGUUUGUAGUAGGAAGCCACGCUGCAAACCCAUGAACUCAUUGAGGGGUUCUCAGGUUAAAACUCUGCUUGGCUUGACAGCUCUACCGUCCUCAGUUUUCCAGAACCAAAAGCCCCGAGUCAAACAAGUAAAGCCCAGGGUGGAGCCGCCGCCCAAGAAGAGGAGGAAGUGGAAGGAGGAGUUUUCCUCCACGGCCUCGAGAUCAUUUGCAGAAGAAGAGUUAAACCAUUCGUUUGCUUCAAGGCCCCUGAACACACGAACCAUGAAAGAGACGUUCAGGAGCUUCGUGGAGCUGCUCAUCAGCAUCGCCUUGGACGAAGACGUGCUGACAGCUCUGGAGAAAACAAAUGACGUGUUGUUGCUGCCUCAUAUGAAAAGAGUAGACGGGAUGAUCGUUGACAACAAGAAACGCUUGCUUAACAAACUGCACAUAGGGCAGGCCCUGAAGACUGCUCUGGACAGCUUCCCAGAGAUCUCAGUGGUGACUGAGUUGAAGAAGGACAAGGAAACGCCCGCCUUUAAGGUACGCCUCAGUGGAAAAGCAUACAACAAGAAGACUAUGAAGCCCUACAAGAUGCCGAACAAAGUGCCUCAGGAGUACGCAGCGGACCAGCAGAAAACUCAGUGGUUCUCUCUGUACCACUCUUUGCAGCAUUACAAAUACCACACAUACCUCAUGUGUAAGGACGAGAUUGCAUCUCUCUGGGGUCAGGCAGGAGACCUGGGCCAGGAGGAAACUGUACAAAAGUGUCUGCAGAAUGGAGCUUGGGUAGAGAGGCUCUUUGACCGCUUUGGGGAGCUAAUCAGUCAAGUGCAGCAGGUCUGCAGAUGAUUUCGCCACGGCAAAUUAACUUUAAAACGAGGAAAAACACAAACAGACAAAUGGAUGCUUGAAAAUCACUAAAGGCCACAGAUAUGGAUGGGAUUUGUCCUUCAAGCCACAAAGAGGAGUCAGGAGCAGAAGUGCAAAUUUACACUCUUACAAGAAACAACUUGAUCAACAGAGGAUGCAGACUUUAUUUUGAAAAGACCUCCAUAUAAUGAGACUGUAGUUUUAGGAGCCCACUUUUUAUGGGCCUUUUUCUAGAUUUAUUUUUAUGUUUAAUUAUCCCUCUCUUUCCCAUUAAAUGUCACAUCAUAACACUAAACUAUAUUUAUGCACUAGAAGGAAAGCAAUCAGGAUAGGAACUAGAGCACAACAAUUAAAAUGCAGGAAUUUGACUGCCUACUGUUUUAAACAAGUCAUUCAUUUAAGUAGGCUUCCAUACAGAGUUGAUAUAUUGUAAAAGAAAAAAAGGCUAUAUAUUAUAUAUAACUAGUUAUGUACUGUUUGCAAAACAUCCAUUUUGUAAGCGUGCCAACAUAUACAUAAUGUACAUUUUGUAGAAAAGAAAACUGCAGCAGUCUUAGUUUUUAAGUUUUGUGCAUCAAUUUCUUCACACAAAAUGCAUUUUAAGAGUCAGUGCAGUUCCACCGCUGCACAUCACUUGUCAGAGAUCAGUACCUUGAAUUAUUUUAGGGUAGAAUGAAAUAAACAGAAGUGGUCUUUAAAUUGCUUUGCACACAAAAACCAACAUUUUAUUACAAAACUAUAUUUUUUUGCAGAGGUAACUGUUCUCUGUCCACUGCAAUUUUUAAAGUCGUGUUUAUUUUUAUUGUCUUUCCACGAUUCUUCACACAGCUGACUGUCAGAAAUUUUGUGAUAUCAGAAAAUAAUCUAUAAACAUGCAGUUUGUAAAUAAAGU